GGGCUAUAAGGGCCGCAGCCGUGCGGGGCGGGAACCAGCCAAGCCAUGGCGGAGGUCCCAGGAGCCCAACGCUCGGUUCUUGCUGGCGGCCCAGAGCCCCGGGAUCCCUUGGACUGCUGGGCCUGUGCAGUGCUAGUAACGGCUCAGAAUCUGUUGGUGGCUGUCUUCAAUCUUCUCCUGCUGGCAUUAGUCCUGGGGACCAUCUUGCUACCCGCUGUCACCAUGUUGGGCUUCGGCUUUCUCUGCCACUCUCAGGGGCAGAGUGUGACCCAGAGUCUGACGUCUCUUAUCUGCACAGUUCCUGCGCUCCCAGGCACCCCCUUGCACCGCCCAUCUGAGGGACCCAGGCUUCACCGCCCUGUUGGUCACUGGAUUCCUGCUGCUGGUACCGCUGCUUGUGCUUGCCUUGGCCACCUACCGCCGCCUCUGCCUGCGUCUCCGCCUAGCCGACUGCCUAGUACCCUACAGCCGUGCCCUCUACAGGCGCCGGCGCAUCCCACAGCCGAAGCAAAUCCCGGCCUCACCAGGGUCCCGAGCUGUUCCCACACCGGGAAAGGUUUGGGUUUGAGGUGCGUUGAGUCAAGAAUUCUGUCGAUUGUCCUCCUCCUGGACGCGGAAGGACUUGAAGCAAGCUCAGGGGUAUUCUGCCUUAUCCUGCUCCUUACCAUUGCCCGAGUCAGGUUCUAGUAUCCCUUUGAUGGAACAUCACUACCUGUGGAUCCAAUGCUGGCGAAAAUUCCCAUGCCCCAGAACAUCUCACUUGAAUCCUGAACGUUUGGGCUGGACCCUGCACAUCUUCUCUCUCUCCCCUAGUGGAAAUAGGAGAGCUGAACUUUGUGCCUUCCUUAGCUGGUGCAGCUCCUCUAAUAUUUACGGGACUGAGGGACAACGCUGGAGAAGGAACCAUCACAAAUAAUAAAGAAUUUAUGAAAUAAAU